AAUUUUGAUAUAUAAAUGCUUCGAAAAAAACACACGACAAGAUUAACCAAUCUAGAAUUUCAGGAAGUAUUGGAUGCCGAAAACCGUAUCUUCCUUUUCAACGUGUCGUCCAUCUUGAUACAAGAUCUAGACGACGAAUCGACAAUGGGUGCAUACAAGUACAUGCAAGAGUUGUACCGCAAGAAGCAGAGUGACGUGCUUCGUUUCUUGCUGAGAGUACGAUGUUGGCAAUAUCGUCAGCUGUCUGCCAUCCAUCGUGUACCAAGACCAUCUCGCCCAGACAAGGCCAGGCGCAUGGGUUACAAAGCCAAGCAAGGGUAUGUAAUCUACCGUAUCCGUCUGCGCCGUGGUGGCCGUAAACGCCCAGUAGAAAAGGGAUGCACAUAUGGCAAGCCUAAGACCCAUGGUGUAAACGAACUGAAGUUUGCAAGACGCCUGCAAUCAGUUGCUGAGGAGCGUGUUGGAAAGCGUUGUGGAGGUCUGCGAGUGCUGAACUCGUACUGGGUGGCUCAGGACUCCACAUACAAGUACUAUGAGGUUAUUCUUGUGGAUCCAUUCCACAAGGCCAUCCGCCGCAAUCCAGACACCCAAUGGAUUUGCAAGCCAGUCCACAAGCACCGCGAGAUGCGUGGACUCACUUCAGCAGGCAAGAGAUCCCGUGGGUUGGGCAAGGGUCACAAGUUCCACAAGACCAUUGGUGGAUCUGUUCGUGCCAACUGGAAGCGACAGAAUACGCUCUCCUUGACCAGGAAGCGCUAAAAAUUUUUUUUUCAUUAUUUUGUCCUCUAUACUUUUACAAAACGAACUUGGUGAAAUAAAAUAAAUUACAGUGAAGUAAAAA